CGGCGGCAAGCAAUGAUGUCACCGUAUGGCGUAUGCCCGGGCUCUCACACUAGCAGUCAUACCCUCGCGUUGACUACUCGUGUGUUUAAUAUUAAUAUUCACAGUAUUAUUCGUAUAAAAUAUCCCAACUUAUAUAUUUCAGCUUCCCUACUAUACCUCCUACAAGUAAGCCCGCUAGUUAAAAUGGAUUCCAAAGCUAUAUCCGCAAACAUCGCAAAAUUCGCCGUCAAAUUCUGCAAUGAGUUGGAUAAGGACAAGAGCGUGGUGUCGUCCCCAUUGUCGGCAGAGUUCGUGUUGGCGCUGCUGGCUCUUGGCACCAGCGAUCCAGCUCACGCUGAGCUGCUGACCGCCCUCGGCAUCCCCGACGAUGACGCUAUUCGAUCGUCGUUUUCUUCAGUGUCUGCGAAAAUAAGGUCGUUGAAGGGCGUAACUUUGAAUGUGGCGAACCGCGUGUAUGUGAAGGAGGGGCCUCAUGAACUGCAGCCCAAACUACAGGAGGAUGCCGUGAAGGUCUUCGAUGCUGGCAUCGAGAAGAUUGACUUCGCUAAGAGCACCGCUGCUGCCCAGCAGAUUAACCAAUGGGUUGAAAGCAAAACUAAUAAUAAAAUUAAGGACCUCAUCGCACCGGAUUGUCUCGGCGAAGAUACACGACUGGUUCUAGUCAACGCUCUCUACUUUAAGGGUACUUGGAAGAAGAAGUUUGACCCGCAGUUAACUACGCCCCUGGAUUUCCACGUCACCGCUAAAAAGACAAUUCAAGUACCAAUGAUGUUCAUGGAUGGGAAAUUCAAUUAUGAUGUUUCUGACGAGCUCAAUGCCGAGAUGUUAUCGAUGCCGUAUGAAGGAGAAGAAUCGAGCCUGGUGAUUAUUCUCCCGAAAGAAAUCGAAGGUUUGAACAAUGUGAUGCAGAAGCUAGCGGAUGGCUAUGACCUUAUGAAGGACCUUGACAGAUUGACUUCCCCGGGAGCUUCAAUGAAGGUGGAGGUCACCGUACCCAAGUUCAAGAUCGAAACCGAAUUGGAUCUCAACACCCUGCUUCCGAAGCUCGGGAUCAAAUCGAUAUUCAACCGUGUUUCGUCUGGCCUUGACAAGUUGUUGACCCCUCCAGAGCCUUUGUACGUGUCCAAAGCCAUUCAGAAGGCAUUCAUUGAAGUGAACGAGGAGGGAGCUGAAGCGGCGGCGGCUACUGCAAUGAUGGUGAUGUGCAGAAGUGCGUUCAUGGAACCGCCGAAGCCGCGGUUCGUGGCGGACCGACCAUUCCUGGCUGCCAUCAUGGUGGACGGCGCCCCUUACUUUGUCGCCACCUACCACGGACUUUAAAGUCUAAACUGUGAUAACUAUAAUAAUUAAUAUCCUACAAAAUUGUUUGCACUCUAUGUAGUAUUAUAUAUAAGUAUUGGUCUAUUCUUUUAAAUAAACAUUUAUAUUUAAGUAUUUAGCUAGUAGUUUUAGUCAUAUUUAUUUUUACAUUUAAACAUAUUUCCUUACCUAUAUUAAAAUAUGAAAUAAUAUAUUCCCUCCUUGUAAUCUAUUUUUGUAGAGGUAGCUAUAUGAUGGACUGUGAGGCCUGGCCUGCCGAUCGCUAAUCGACAGAACGUGCGUUCUUUAUAAAAAGUUGGUGAACAAUAUUUUUGGAAUUCAUAAUACCUAUCUGCAUAAAAUUAUCGUAAAACAUUACACAUCUAUAACUUUAACAUUGAUAAUGAUAAAUGUCCAAAAAAAGCAUGUGCAUGAUAAUAUUAUCUUAAUUUGGGUACAUGUUGUUUUAAAAUUUAUAAUUAUAAUUAUUUGGUUUGUCGGAGGUACAUCCAGUAGGGCUAUGCGCAACGUGAUAAAAUUUUAUCACGGUCAUUUUAUCGAUUCUGACGAUAUAAUUAUGUCAUUUUGUUGAUUGGUGCUAAUAUGUACCAAAUACGUCAUGUAGUUUUGACAAAUUACGAACAAAAUCACGUUGCACGCAUGAUAGAAAAAAAAACUUAUCGAUUUCGACAAAAUGUAUUUAAUCGAUCGAUAAUUUUAUCACGUUGCACGCGUUAGCCUUGCAGAUGAAUAGCGGUACCGAUUGUUUUAACCUGUGGUUUUAACGGUGGUGUUUAAAGUGUGUACCAUAUUGCCGCCGAAGCCGCGAUUCGUGGCUGACCGACCUUACCUGGCUGCUAUCAUAAUGAGCGGUGACCUAUAGGUCACCUUCGUGGUCACCUAGCACAGAAGUUAUACUGUGAUAUUAUUAUCUACAAAAAUGCUUGUACUCCAUGUUGUAUCGCAUAAUUAUAAGUCUAUUUUUUUUAAAUAAACAUGUUUAUUUAAAUA